ACCCACAGCUUCCGAGCCGCGCUGCACCAAUUCGGCGGCCAGCCAUGGCAGGUUCAAACAAAAGAAGGAGGACCGCCUCAAUCAAUCAAACUAUUUCCUCCAGCGCCCAUAGAGACCGACGAUGAUGCGCUUCACUGCUACGUUGAUCGCCGUGGCUGCCCUCUGUGGCUCUGUAGUAGCUACGGAUAAUCGCGAGAAUGUCUGCCUCGGUUUGAUUCAAACGCACUGCUCUGGGCAAGCUUCUCCCUCCAUCAUGAAUACCUGCGUUGAAAGAGGAAUUCUCACAUGCAGUAUGCCCCCGCACUGCUUGCAGCCCUCCGAGACGGGAAUGUGCCGUGCGGCCUUUCCUCGUUUCUUCUACAACGCGGGCUCUGGAUCCUGCGAGGAAUUCAUCUACGGCGGAUGCGGCGGAAACACCAACAAUUUCGAGACCAAAAAGGAGUGUCAUGACGCUUGCUCCGGAAUGAGGUUCUGCGGUGGAAACACCGGAGCGACCUGUCCCGAGAAUUAUCACUGUGCCGAGCAACCGGGGGAAACUGGCAUGUGUGUCUUGGUGCCACAGGAAAAGCGGGCUGCGGCUCGUCAGGGUGGAGGUCCACAACAACACGGCCAUACCAUGGCCGACAAGAAGAAAUUGAAGAAGAAGCAUCCCGAACACCCAGCCAAACCCGUCAAGGCACUUCGGAAGCAAAAGAAUCCCUAGGAUGACACAAAACUUAGGAUGAGACAAAAUUCGGUGUGGUGGUGUUGGCUACCUAUUUGGUUGUUCGUUUAGAAUAAUCUUUC